AUGCCGGCUCUCGCGGUGGAACGCCUCGACUCACAGCCAUCGCUUGCGAAGUCCAACAAUGGACAGGGCGUUGACACAUGGCUAGAUCUGGAUGUUGGCAACAUCUUCGAGAGUAAGAUAUAUACACACGGUAAUGUCGCGUCCACUUCGAUCAUUCACAUCCUUAUCACGCAUCUAAGUUUUGCAGCCAUGCAGCUCCUUGAGUUGGCUCUGUUGAUCGGCGCCGCUUCUGCGAACCCUUUGGGUCAGCUCUUUGAACGACAAGCCAACGCAGCAUGUACAGCCACAUACCUUGCCAGCUGUACAGGAGCAGCAGGCACCUCUGCGAGAGCCUGGUGCACAAACCAAGGAUACAAUAGAAUCACACAAACUCGGACGAAUGUGAACUGGAGGACCGUUCAGACUACAUCCACGAUGUACACGUCUACUUCGACAUUCAGCGCACCAACAAGUACCAGAACAGUCAGCUCUGUGAAGACUUCGAUCAUCACGACUACAACCACCAGCACGACAACUGUUGACAGCACUACGACUAUACCUGUUACAGGCUCAAUUACAGGCUGCCCUGUUUAUAUCCCACCACAACCUGUCGCUCCGGAGAUUGAGCCACCAGUCGAAGGAGGAGAAGGAGAAGAACCAACGACGCCAGCAGACCCCGCGUGGCAACCUCGUGAAAAGCCAGCCGCCUGCGUGGAGCAAUCACGUCAUGUUUAUACCGAUUCCAAUGGCGAAUCCUACGAGUAUAUUCGCUGCCCAGGUCACGGCGACUCAACGAUCGGUGUAAAUCGUGAUGCCAACGUGGAUGUGUCCAGCUUCGAUGAAUGUGCAAAAUUCUGCCGCUAUGAGGACCGUUGCGCGGGCUUCAAUUGGGCCACGAACAACCCUGGUACAUGCAAUGUCGCCGUCGGAGGCGUGGGCAGGCUGCAGACUUUCGAGAACCCCGUCGCAGCGCCUUGGUAUUAUCACCAUCUCGUCGGUAGAACCGAUCCAGUUGCAGCACUACCAGAACAAUGCACAUCCACGCAAGAAGAUCACUACGUGGAUGUCGACGGCGUACGUCGAACUUAUAAGUCCUGCUGGGGUCACGCCGAUGCAACUAUUUCAAACGAUUACCCCAUUCGGUAUAAUCCUCCUGUCGAUACGCCCACUGUUGAGGCUUGCGCUGCACAGUGUCGACAGACGAAAAAAUGUGCCGGGUUCAAUUGGUUGGGUGGAAAUAAUUGCAAUAUUGUUGUGGGUCGGCCCGGGAGAUGGAAUCCGAUGCAACCAGGUCAAUGGAGAUACUACCAUUUCACUGGUGAGACGGUAGUAGGACCUACUGCAAACAACGGAUCCAGGGCCAAUGCCAUGUUCAAACGUCAAGCAAGCGGAACUUUGCCCAAGCCUACCUGCGUUCGAGCGACCAACGCCGCUCAGACAUCCUCUGCCUGCCGAUGUGCGAUUCCUACCCCAACUACCACCACAGCGGUGGUUCAAGCCACGUCGACUCGAACCCUCACGAUCAAUCGCAGCCUCGUUUCCACCACGACCGUUACGCCUACAGCUGUUACAACACAAAUCCGCACUACCACCCUCACAAGGCAAAAGAAGCUGGUCAGCACGUCGACUAUCAUGCACACCGUCGAGUCCAUUGUGACACGGACGAUCGCGUCCAUCCCGACAGGUUUCUACAUUGCCGACAACUACGAGGAAGAUUCUCGCCACUUUGUUGAAUGGCCCGCAGAUUCGGAUGAGGUCUUCUACCACGUCCAGUACGACUUCAACUCCGCAGACGACGAGUGGGCCCCCACUGUCUUCAAGCUUGACGGCCAGACUCUUAGCGUUGCCGACUUGGACGACCAAGAAGGUACUCUUGAGAACUACGUCGUCGUCGGCAAAAAUCACGACGCAGACGGCAUGCAAACUGGCAACCCUGACGACGGUGUCCACAUCGUCGCUACACAAGGCGGUGGUGGUAAUGACGCCGUGGACUGCAGGAUCGAAGCGACUGAAAAUGAUCAGUGUGCUUUGAUGUGCACUUCUGGCAGCUAUAAUGUCAACUCGAGAGACAACGAUGGAACUUGGAGUCUCAUGUCUGAGGCGACAGAGUACCAGUUCACGAAUUAUGUGUUUGCUGCUAAUGUUGCUUUGGAGGAGAAGAGGAGUGAGUUCCGGAAGAGGGAGAUGGAGCUUAGAAGAGCUGCUUCCAAGGCGAAGAAGCGUUGA